GCCAUCCACAAGUCGUUGGUUACUGGCGCAAAUAGCGCAAUCGCGGCUGCACUUUGGUAGCUAGAAGUCGGCGAGGCCAGCGUAAUUACCUCAACUCUUAAGAAUGAACACAGAUGGCAUGUAGCUGACAUUGUCGCUUGCAGCCCUUUGAUUACAAAAUUAAAUUGGAAGGGCCCUGCAGCAAUGCAUGGCAGCGGGUCGCCCGAUAAUGCACCGCCUAUGGGCCUGGAGCUGCCGGAUGUGCCCCAUCUUUUCGCACAGCGCAUUGAUGCAUUACCGGAGCCUGUUAUGAACGAUGUGUUGAGCGCUAUGGACGAGUCACCAGGGCAGAGCCAUGGCUGGAAUCCCUUUCUUGGCCCGGGGCGCAGCCAUAACGGUGUUGGGACUAAAGCGGCUCGGAAUCGUACCGACUCUGAGCUGCGCAAGCUGCUGCAACGACGCCGGCGCGAUGAGCUGCCUGCUGAUGCGGACACGGCGGACUAUUCUAGUGAGCCGUACGACAGCAUUCCCCGCCAGGUGCAACUGCAGUGGCGAGUGUUUGCCAAGCUUUAUCCGGAAGCUGCAAGGGACCGGAUAGCCACACUCUUCAUGACCGCUCCCGGCUGCAGCAGCAUGGAAAGCAGCAGCAGCCGCGGCCUUUCCACGUACCAGCAGCAAUUACUCAACCCACAUCAACAGCAUCGCCAACAGCACCAACACCAACCCCUAGCCCCGGUCUCGCCAGCAGUCGAAUCCGUCUGGCAACGCAUGGGCCUGGCUCGCGCGAUCAGCAGGGCCAGCAAUGACGGUGAGGACCAGGGCAGCAGCAGCGGUGCGCUGUUCGGGGUCCUUCCGUCAGCCAGCGCGCUUCAGAAGACCCUGCAACAGCUGGUAGAUUCGCCAAGUGCUGGCGGCGAGGUAACGCUACCAGCGCACUCGUCACAACGGCAAUCGGAACAGCAGCAUGGGGUGACGGAUGGCCACCCAGGACGCCCCCAGCAGGAUACCGCUGGUGCGGCUGACGUCGGCCGGGCAUCCCUUCAACCCACGCAACAAGCCAACGACCGCAUGCAGGCGCCCGGAGCUAUGGGCGCAGCGGCAACCGGCAAUAGCAGCUCUACUGUGUCUGUAACAUCGACCGCAGGUGCAGUUGGCUACAUGGAGGAUGACCCAAUAGUACGGAACCUUAGUCAGUCGUUGGACGGUUGGUACGACGUGCACUGGGAACGCUUUAGGCCUUUACGGCGAGCUCGGCGGGGUCGGUUACUGGCGGUGCGCGGUGUGCCUCUGCCGCUGGCAUGGCGCAGCGGGCUGCGACUAGCAACGCCGGCAUCUUCGUCAGUGUCGGUGCUAGCAAUGGCGGCAGCGGCGGCUCCUCCUCCGGGGCUUACUGCAGGCGCAGGCAGCAACAAUGGCGGUGGCGGUGGAGGUCAUGGUGCCAUGGCGGGCAGGAUGUUGCGGUGGUGCUGUUCGGCAGUGGGUACGGCAGCUAGAGCCGCAGCGAGUGCGGUCGGGCUGCGCUGCCGGCCCCAGGUGUGGGAGGUGGAUGUGGGGC